GAAUGCAUGGCCUCAGUAACAGAAGAAACCAGCGACUCAGACCACAAAUCCAAGAAGAUGGACGAGAGCACAAAAACAGCUUCAGUCCCUGAUGACAGUGUCGCCAUCUAUGAGUCACAAUUGACACAACUUCAGGAGCAGCUUGUGGAAACCAUGAUAGAGAACCAGAACCUGAAGAGAGAAUUGGAGUUAAUGAAAGAUGCUGAUAAGGUAAAGAAACUGGAGAAGAACUUGGAAAUACAGACAGGGAAAAACAAAUACCUUGCAAGGAAAUUAGAAGUGUUACAGAGGAUGAGAGAUGCUGAACUCAAGUCACAGUGGGUUGAUUUGUCAGAAGAGGCAACUGAGACAUUUGCACAAGUUCCUGAAGACACAGUCCCAGAGGCUGAGGGUUGGUUUGGCAGGAUAAAAACUCGACUAUUCUGGACAUUCUACGACAUCUUGGAUGAUUUUAGAGAGGAAGAAACCAAUGACCAGGAGAUAGAAGAGGAGCCACUGGCUGUGAAAAAGCUCAAGAAGAAUGUGAAGCGAUUUGUCCUCAGAGAUCUCUUCAUUUAUUAUUUAAAAACUUUGGACAGUAUCCUAGGAUGA